UGAACAUCACUAUGACCGACACAAUUAGGAGAUUUUUAUUAGAAGCUGUAACUUCCGCCCCUCCUAGCUCUCCUGCUAAAAAUCCUAACUUGUACAAAUCUCAGAAGCAUUGUGGAACACUUCUGCCAGAAAUUUCAGGCCUAGAAGAAGCCAAGAUAAUGCAGAAACAAGACAAUGCAUCGCCUAAAAAGGUGAACGGUAAAGUGGGUAGAUCUCCUCAGAGGAUUAAGAAGGCUGAGCUUAUUCUUGCCGGUCUUAGUUUUAGCAAAAUCCUCCAGAGUAAGACAGCCCAAAGUACUCCAGUUACCAACACUGAAAGAUUCAGACGAGAUUGAAGAAAGGUCGAUAUUUUAAGACUUUCAGAAUAUUAUUUAUAUACCUUAGGAACUGAGUUAAGGAAGUUUUGUACGCCACCCACACCCAGAAGAAGAAAGUCUGGCUUCGUCCCUUCUCAAUUCGGGAAAAAGAGAAGGAACAUUAAGCAUAGAUCACUCAAGAAAUUAAGUGCCAAAAAGUGUACGAAGCAGUAUCUCCACCGCCUCUCUGUAGAUCUGGGCAGUAUUGAGAGGGAGCUCUCGGAAAAAUACUCCCGUUUGGAAGAUUUAGGAAAGCAGAUAGAGGAUAGGAUAGAAGAAAUCUCAAGCGUAUCCUCAGAAGAAGAAAGAGACAAAAUAGAGGCAGACAAGUACUUCAUCAGCAUCGAUAAAAUUUCUACUAGUGACGAAGAGUCCUCAAACAAUAGUGAUUUCAAAAUCCAACUUCUCCCUCAAGAGAGUCCUCGUGAUGAAGAUGAAGAGGUCAAAAUGUUUGAACCAAAUAAUGGAAUCGACUCUAUUCAUGAAGAAGAUUCAUUCUGAGAAUCUGAAGAAGAAUUUGGAGAGAACACAAAAAUUUCUCAGACCCGCUUCUACGAUCUUAGUGAAAAGGCAUCUCAGAAGAAAAAUAAAGGAUUAUGAAAAAGGAAAAGAAUCAUGUCGAACAUCGACCAGAUUCCUCUUAAAAAGAUUUCACCUAAAAAGACACUGAAACAAAGAAAGAGAAAAGGGUCGAUAAAUGACAAAGAGUUCUUCGCUUUCUAUAGUGCCUUUGAGAAGCAUUCAAAGAACAAGAUGCCCCAAAUGAUUAACUCCGACACUACUCCUGAAGACAAUAGUACUCUUUUCGGAACUUUCUCUUCUCCUCCAAAAUACCUUAACUCAAACAAAAACAGCAGUAAAGACGUUACAAUUAACCAGACCUCUCUUGAACUUAAGAAGACCCAUUCCAAAGGCGAUCCUCAAAAAUUCCAAACCAAAGGGGCUCAGAAGAGGAGUUCUUACUUAGAGAACUCUCAAAACUCAAAGAAAUCAAGCUCUAUCCUAUCAAACGAUCUAGGCUCUAUUGUAGAUGCUUUAAAAGAGAUCGAGAAUGAGAUAUAAAUAUCUUAUAUCUUGUUACAGCUAUCUUUCUUUAUUAUCAACAUCUUUAUCGUAU